UCGUCUGUGUCGGACGGGCAGAAAGAAAGCUCUUCUGCUUCUUCCGGUUGUUGGUUUUUUGGUUCGCCUGUUGCAUCCAAUCCACUCAGUAAAAAAAACGAGACAGUCAGUCAAAUCUAAUAUUUAUUAGGGCCGUUAUUCCACUCCUAACUUCUUGUGUCUCACUCAACCGAAAUAAAAAUUUGCUUUUUUUGAACGGAUCCACAUUUGCAGAAAGUCAAACUCGAGAGGUCGUAAAAAUUGUUAUGAUUUCUGCACCGUAGUGGUGACACGGGUCGUAAAAGGCGUAAUUAGGGAACCUGUUUGACGUUUCGUAAAUUUUAUGUCCGUCAUUUUACAGGGUGGGUGGAGGCUGUGAAAUUAACUGUGUCAAGAAGAAGGAGAAGAUGGUUGCUUGUUAUUAUUAUUAUUGUUGUUAUCGUUAGUGGAAGUAAGUAGAAAGGGGAAACACGAGGCUCCAUAAUUAUAUUUUUUUGUUAACGAUGACAAGAACGUAUUAAGAAGAAGAAGAAGACGAAUAAGUUGACCAAACGGCACGUGGAAGGAUGCACAAGAUGUAAAUGACAGACUUUUUAGGUGUUCGGUAUGUAUGUACUUCUUAAAUUAGGACUUGUUGUGGGUGUUCUCUAAUCGUUCCCUGUGUGUGCACAUAAAUAGGUACGGAAAUGUGUAUGUCUAUCCUAAUUUUCCUCAUGUAUUGACGAGCCGCGUUGUUUGUACGUAAUAAUGAUCCACUUUUAUUUGUGUUGCGUGCAAUGGUGGACAUGAGAAUAUCCAGCCAAGUUAGUUUUUGUCUAGCACCAUUCAUUCCGACAUAUCUGACAUUGAUACUUUUAUGUUGUCGGAACGUUUGUCUAUUUUUAACGAGCCAAAUUUAGCCCGUCUGAAAUUAUUGGGAAAUGGAAAUGGCCAUCUUUAAUGAUAUCGGGGAGAUAGGGAUCUCUAAAUAAAGUGUUUUUAGAAAUCUCACAUAUCAACUUUUUCACUAAAUCAUUACUCCAAGUGAAAGUCAGCACUCGGGACGAGAAGAAGAAGAUGCGGUGCGCUGUAAGUUUUUUGUGCGUGGUCUGUCUCACUUUUGGAGUCGGAGUUGCAGCUCUUUUCAUCAUCAAAUGGUCAUCACAAUCGUUACAAAAUGGUGGAGGAAGUGCGAAUUUCUCGUGCCCAUCAAAAAAGUGGAAAUGCGACGAAGCCGAUAUCUGCAUACCUGCCGAAGCACGAUGCAACAUCGUGAAAGACUGUCCCCUCGGGUCGGAUGAGGAUAUGAUGAAUUGCAAUUACAUGGAACAAACGAUAAAACUGCUAAUGAGAAAUUGGAAGUGCGGACAAGAAAAGAAUAAUAAUGGAUUUGCGAGUAACACCACCAAAACUCCGGAGGGAUGCAAUAUGAAUGAGGCUGCUAUUUUCUGCAGCAGUCUCGACAAGAUUCCAUGGGAAGGUUUCAACCUGCAUGCGAAAGUGCUAACUCUGGCAGAUUCGCUGAAUGUGACCGAGCUGACAAAUGAGCUUAUUCCUCCAAAGAAAACUACAAUCAACAAAUUAUUUGUGGAGAACAGCACAAUUCUUACCCUUGGGCAGGCGAGCAUUUGCCAUUGGGAUCACGCUUGUUGGAUGAGCUUUGUAAAUAACUCGAUACAGAACUUGGCCAUGGGAGCAUUCUGUGUUUUGCCGGAACUACAAUGGCUAACACUGUCCAAUAACAGGAUCACGUUGGACAAGUUCAGAUUUCCGGACAUGCCAAAAUUGCAGGAUUUAAUGCUUGAUAAUAAUAAGAUUGAAGUUAUUACGGACGGCGUUUUCAGACGACUUAGAAAACUUGUCUCUUUAAAUUUAAUGGGAAACAAGAUCCGUACAAUUGAAUCGAGAGCUUUUCGGUUCAAUGUGAAUUUGCAAGAUCUGGAUUUGUCCAACAAUCUUUUGAAAGAGUUGCCUCCGCUUGUUUUUGAAGGACAGACCAAUCUCCAAAAGUUAUAUUUGGCAGACAAUCCAUUUAUCAACAUUCCGGAUCAAGUAUUCUCACAGUUAAGGUCGCUGGUCUCAUUAAACUUAAAUGACGUGGAAUUCUCUGCUCUCCAAUUCGAUGUAUUGGACAGUCUACCAAAAUUAGAUUACGUGCAAUUCAAGAAAUUUGGAUAUUGCCGAUACGUUCCAAAAGUGACGAGAUGCUAUCCAUUCUCAGAUGGAAUGUCAUCAACCAUGAAUCUGCUGGCGGGGACUAGCAUACGCGUCAUUGUGUGGAUUGUGGCAUUGUUCACAAUUGUUGGAAAUUCUGUCGUCCUUAUAACACGGUGUUUAUCGGCAGGAAGGGGUCGAAUUUUAGAUGUUUUCAUCAACAAUUUAGCUGGGGCAGACUUACUCAUGGGCAUCUAUCUCGUCAUACUGGCAGUUAAAGAUAUUCAGUACCGAAAUUCGUAUAAUGACCACGCAUACGAGUGGAGUACGUCCUUUGUUUGUACAGGGAUGGGAAUCAUUGCAAUGAUUUCGUGCGAAGUAUCCCUCCUAAUCUUGACAUUCAUGUCGGUGGAGCGUUACCUCGUGAUAAGCGACCCAUUCUCAUACCACAAGAAAUUGAGCCUGAAUCUUUCCAGGAUUUCGAUGAUAAUAAUUUGGUUUUUUGUCGCACUGCUCGCAAUUGCUCCAGCAAUUCAGUGGAGAGGAAGGGUCACAUUUUAUGGAAGUUCUGGACUAUGCUUCCCAGUUCAUUUAGAUGAACCUUUCGCAAUUGGAUGGGAAUACACAGCUUUUGUCAUCAUCGGCCUCAACUCAGCCUGUCUCAUAGUUGUCGCAAUUUCGUAUUCUAAGCUGUUCUGCGUCAUCCAAACCACACGACUCUCGACGCCAAGAGACACCAAAGAUAUCGAAAUGGCUGUACGCUUCUUUCUCAUGGUUUUUACGGACUGUAUGUGCUGGUUGCCCAUCAUUCUGCUUAAAAUUUAUGCACUGGGAGGUCAUCAAAUCCCAAAGGAAUUUAUCACAUGGGUCGUCAUAUUCGUGCUGCCGAUCAAUUCCACGAUAAACCCGUACUUGUACGGGUUGUACGGCACUUUACCAGAAAAUAGGAUGAAAUUCUUUCGAAGAAUCAUUCCCUCGUUGACCAAUCCGGCAUUUAGCCAGGCUAUAAACAGGAUCAGUUUUCCAUUGCGAAGACACGGUGCCACAGUCACGGUUACGGAGGAGAGCCGUGGGACGCCGUGGGACAAUGCAACCACAAAUACGUCAGCAAGCGAUAAGAUGAUCAAGAAAAAAAUUGGUGGUAGACUUUCUCAUCAGGAAAGCAUUGCUUCCAGUAAAAUGGAGGACACUUUGUAAAUUUGGACAAGUUCUUAUCUGAACGACGAUACAAAGAAACGUAAAAAACAAAAUUUCUUGGGAGACAUCCCUCAAAUCAGAGUAGUCGAAUUAAAUAUGUAAAUAUUAUGUGUCAUGUCAAUGUUGUAUAGUUUGUCGUAAUAAUAAAAUGAAUACAAAGGGGCUUUACCAAUUCCAAAAAAAAAGAUUGUAAAUACAUAUAGUUUUAGAAGUUUUUUUGUGUCGCAUAAGUAGAUUAGAUGAUUAAAGAAUUUACUCAAAUCGGAGGUAUCUAAAAUCUUAUUCGUAAAUAUUUACUGAUAAGCAUGAAUGUAAAUUUAUAGAAAGUAAAGUCUGUAAAGUUG